AUGUCACUUGUGCAGAAAAGAAAUAUAGCCAAGUACAACAUCAAUAUCGGAGUUCCCAAUGCCCCAAAGAGCUGUAUCGCUGAGAUUUUCAACGCUGAUACCACUGACGGUGGUAGCCCCGUGAAGAACGGCUCCAGCCGUCCUCGCAUGCCCCGCGACACGCCGACCCGCCCUCGUGACACUCACUCACGUUUGUUUGGACAGACGGGCGGCAACGCAUCAGUCGCUCCAAUGAUCACGGACACCAUACGGAGUAACAUUCAAUUUGGGGACAGUGAACUGAACGGUAGCCCGGCUCACUCGCCCAAGAUGAACGGCAGCGCGACAUCCACACCCAGCCGAGGUGAGAUGGACAACGCCGACCACUUAUCAUAUUCACCACCGAAGAGGAAUCCAGUCACUGGUGACGGAGUGCUCCUGCCGCCCCCGCGCAGGCGCCACCCCGCGGCCAGCCAGCGAGGUGCAAACUAUCCCAACACCUAUCCCAUAGAAAACCUCCUAGAACCUCAACCGACCCAUCGAUACAUUACACGUGAAUGGCCUCCCCAAACACCCAACUAUUACGUCGAGUCUACAAUAAAACCGACGUUAAACAUCCAACACACUCCUUACACUUUACUCGGACUAAAAACCGAUGACCCAGAAAAGAAUCAUCCCAUAAUUGAUCCGGACUCACUGUCUCCUCAGCUAGUCCUUGAUAGACAUUGGCCUCCAUUCCCGGCUCAGCAUUACUUGGAACCCCAAGAGCAUCACGUACCCUACCAUCCAUUACCCCCACACGCUUUUGUCGGUAUGACAUCAGCUUUAGGGGAACGCCCACAACCCGAUUACAAAUAUAAUCCGAUUCCAACAUUAGAUGGGCCCAUAGAUCCUUUCAUUCAAUCUAAAUUCGAUCCACCGCCAACACUUUUCAAAUACGACCGCGAUGCUCCAAUACCCGACGUGACUCUCAUACAAACACCAUCAGCGCCCGGUCCGAGCACCUUAACUGGUUUCCCUCCAAUAUUCCACAAGUAUGUCCCCGGAUACCUCUUUAAUGUCAAUCGGCAUGCGGAAGACUUCAACCAUAAGACGUAUUACCUAGACUAUGCCCCCCGGAGAGAAUUGGAAGGCAACCCCAUCACUGGCGACGGCUACAAGUCUCUCAACGGUCAGAUCAACACAGUGACGUCGAUAAACGGAAACAGCAACAUCUUACACAACCGCGUGCCACCCGGCGGUUACUCUUCGGGCCUUUGGUAG